AGUGCAGCCGUGACCUCCAAGUAGAAACAACGAUAAUAUAACCACCGGUAAUAUGGCGACUGACAGCGGAUUUUCGGUUUUAGUGAAAAAUGGAUUUAGCACCGAGCACUUCGUCACAACUUUCCCAGGUCCUGGUUACGCUACUCCACUUGAUGCCAUGAAAACUGGCCCAAAAGAAAAGCUCAUGUACGUCGUUUGCAUUAAUCCAAAUGAAGGAGAAGAUAAAACCGAUCUUUUGGCGACGGUAGACGUUGAUCCGGAGUCACCAACCUAUUGUCAGAUUAUUCAUCGCUUAAGAACUGGUCACAAAAACGAUGAGCUUCACCACUCUGGAUGGAAUGUCUGUUCCAGCUGUCAUAGUUCCACAGGCUGUUGUAAUGGUCUUGUCAGGGACAAACUUAUUCUACCUGCUUUGGGAUCUGAUAGGAUUUAUGUAGUGGAUGUUGGAAAAAAUCCAAAGGCACCAGAAUUUCACAAAAUCAUAGAAGGAACCGAGAUGAGACGUUUCAACUGCAGGACUCCUCACACUACUCACUGUUUAGCCAGUGGAGAGGUUAUGAUCUCCAUCAUGGGAGAUAACGAAGGAAACUCGAAAUGUGAUUUUAUUUUAUUAGAUGGCAAAAGUUUUGAAGUCAAAGGAACUUGGCUCAAAGGUGAAAAAGCACCCAAAUAUAAUUACGAUUUCUGGUAUCAACCCUACUUCGACGUUAUGGUAGCUACAGAAUGGGGUGUUCCAAAAAUAUUCAAGAAAGGUUUUCAACCGUCCGACACAAAUCCCGAAACUUAUGGAAGAAGUCUUAACUUUUUCUCGUGGAAAAAAAGAGAAUUUAUUCAAAGCAUUAAUUUAGGUGAAGAUGGUAUUGCACCCUUAGAAGUUAGAUUUUUACACAAUCCCAAAGAACCACAAGGAUAUGUUGGUUGUGCUGUUAAUGCAAAUAUCUAUAGGUUCUAUCGUAAAGAUGACGGUACUUGGGCUACACAUAAAGUUAUCGACGUCCUUCAAAAGAAAGUUUCUGGAUGGAUUGCGCCCUACAUUCAAGGAAUGAUAACUGACAUCUUAAUCUCCUUAGAUGACAAGUAUUUAUACUUUAACAAUUGGUUACACGGAGAUGUUAGACAGUACGACAUCACCGAUAGAGAACAUCCAAAAUUAACUGGUCAGAUUUUCCUUGGUGGUAGAAUACUCAACGAUUCAGACCUUAAGGUUCUAGAAGACCAGGAAUUAAAAGAGCAACCCAAACCAGUCUACAUUAAAGGUAAACGAUUCCAAGCAGGACCACAAAUGAUGCAGCUCUCGCUUGAUGGUAAAAGACUUUAUAUAACAUCCAGCGUGCUUUCUCCUUGGGACAAACAGUUCUACCCUCAAGUUAUAAAGGAAGGUACAAAGAUGGUAAAGAUUGAUAUAGACCACGAAAACGGCGGUAUGAAGCUUGAUGAGAAUUUCUUGGUUGAUUUUGGUGAAGGACCCGAUGGACCACUUUUGGCACAUGAACCUAGGUAUCCUGGUGGAGACUGCACUUCAGAUAUUUGGUUGGCGUCCAAAUGAAAUCACAAUUAAAAAGAAGAGAUUAUAUAUUUUUAAUAAUUAUACUUAAAGGAUUUUCUCAAUUCUUUUACUUAUAAAGCUGUUUAAAUAAAAUAAGAUUAAGCUAUC